GAUAAUAGCCCUUUUUAUUUCUUUUUAGAGGGGGAAGAAGAAAAGGGAAAACUUUCCCCUACAUAUUUUCCUUUUCUACAAAAAUAAAAUUCUUGAAAGCUCCCAGUUUUACAAACGGCACCAAACGUUCGAAGAAAGAAACAAUCGGUGAUUAGUUGAGAGAAAAUGGGUGACAAUCUAUUUGAAGGGUUACCACCUCCAUCUCAUCACCAGCAACUACAAGGAAAAGAAAAUGAAGAAGUAGAGGGGAAAGAAGGCAAUGAUCAAAUUAGUUUCUCUUUGAAGACAAGUAGUAGCAGCAAUAACAAGGAAGCUUCUCCAAAACCAGUUCUUAAAAGUGCUCUUAAGAGACCUAAGCCUACAGAAUCUAACCCUGAAGCUGCUGUACAAGAAAAGCGCUUGAGAUUUAAGAUGACAACAGAUGCCUCAGAGACACAAGUUAUUGAGGCAAUGGAGAAGAUUGCGUUGCAUAUCAAGAACCCCACCAAGUUUUCUAAGGCUUCAAAGCUUGCCAUACAGUUGAUACAGGCUGGAAGUGUGAAGGGUGGGACUAGUGAACAUUUUUUUGCUAUAUUGGAGGCUGCAAUGUCAUGCACAACUUCUUGUACUGAUCCUUCAGUACGAGGUGAUUAUCAUUCACUGUUCUCAGCAGCACAAGAUGCAGCUGAGUGCCUAAACAAGAGGCAGAAGAACCAACUGACUGUAUGGACAUUUAGGGCGGUGAUGGCAAAUGACUUUCUAACUGAUGACAGCUUUGUGUUUUCGAAAACAGCUAGUAAAUUAAAAGAUGCAAUAUGUAGUCUUCCAUUUGCGACUGAGGAUGAUGACAUAGAUGAAGCUGCUACCCUGAAAGAUGAGACUGAAACUGGUAAUGAUGAAGACGACAAGAAACAAACUAUAGUUGAGUCAGCUGAAGAAAAUAACAAGGAUGAGUCAGAUCCUUUCGGACUUGAUGCUCUGAUUCCUAGUUCUGGCAAAAAAGAUGAUAGAGCAAAAGGAAGGAAAGAUGUGGCAACCAAGAGCAGGAAAGAUGAUGAGGAGGACACUAAGAUAUUUCUCAAGUCAAAGAGAGAAGCCUUGAUUUCUUGUUUAGAAAUUGCUGCUCGACGUUAUAAAACACCAUGGUGCCAGACAGUUAUAGACAUCUUGGUAAAGCAUGCAUUUGACAAUGUAGCAAGGUUUACAUCUCGACAAAGGGAUGCCAUUGAAAAACUAUGGGCUUCUGUUCGGGAGCAACAAAUACGUAGGAAGCAAGGGAAAUCAGUAACUGGGAAACUUGACGUGAAUGCUUUUGAAUGGCUUCAGCAGAAAUAUUCUACUGAGAAGAUCAGCAUUCGGCAUUCUGUUGGUGCUAGUGGAGACCGUCGAUGUCAACAAUGGCUUGGUUAAUCACUUAUUUUUUUUUCAUGUUCUCAAGGAGUAUUGUGAUUCAACUCUUAUCCAGAAAACAAAUUGAAACCGUUGAUUGAAAAUCUGUUCAUCUGAAUGUAAUACUCUUCAAGUGUGUAAUAUUUUGAAGGAGACAAUUCAGAAUACUUGUUUCUUCUCAA